GUCAAGUUACAAUUGACGGAAAGCGAUUUUGUACUAAUAGCUCGACCUCGCCAAGUGUAAGUUGACCCUUCAUUGACUAUCGUGCAUCUUGUCAAACCUCCUUCAACGUCUGGGUCCCUGGUACCUAAUAUCGAAAUGUCGUCGCCCAAAAACACCUUCGAGCGCGCGGAAUCCCCCGCGCCCCGCGUCGGCCCCUCCGAGCCCGCCCCGCAGCCAGCGGCCGCCACCGCGGGCGUACUUGGAGUUGAAUCGGAAUAUUAUCGCCUACAAACCUAUGACUCGGACACGUCAGAGAAAAGCGCGGCAAGCUCAAACUAUAUUACUAUGCGGCAAAAAAGGAAGCGAGAGCACGAUGAGUUGUCUGAUCUUCGAAAUGAAAUGCGAGGCCUAAUGAACUCACUUAGAAGUCUCACAACUACGGUUAAUGAGAUUAAGGAAAUGACAACUGAGUUGCGCACAAGUGUCCAGUUCAUGUCAGACAAGUAUGACGGUGUCAUGGACAAGCUCCAUGUGCUGGAAGUGGAAAGAAGUAAAGAUCGACGAUACAUAGCUGAGCUUGAGGACAAAAUGGAGGGUUUGGAACGUAGAAAUCGCAUGUCAGGUAUUGAAAUUCGUAACAUACCGAAACUUGACACAGCAGAUGGGAAGAAAAUAGAAACCAAAAAACAGCUCCUGGAUAUAGUGAAGAAUAUAGGACAGACUUUGAACAUUGAAAUACAGGAGGUGGACAUCCGAGACACUUAUAGAAUAAACUCUGCCAAAGGAGACACAAAACCACUGAUUGUUGAUUUCAACAGCGUUAUUAUGAAAGAGCACAUUCUGGAAGCCGUCAAAACCUUCAACAAAUCUAAACCAAAAGGGGAUAAACUUAAUACAUCACAUCUAGAGAUUAUUGGACCAGCUAGACCGAUUUACGUUUCGGAAACUCUCACGCCAAAAAAUCAGAAACUUUUCUAUAUGGCUCGCGAGUUUGCUCGGGACAAUGGCUACGCGCAUCGCUGGACUUCAAAGGGAUUGGUUUAUUUUCGCAAAGCUGAAGGAGAAAGACCAAUACGCAUUGAAAAUGAAACGGACUUCUCUAAAUUGCUAGAGUCUAACUGA